UUCAUAAAGGCUACACUAUGCAAUUAGCACUAGGUGGCCGUAGCUGGACGGCUGCACUGGCUGCAGAAACUGCUGCUAAUUGUCCUGCUAUCGAAUCUCUUGAAUGUCUGUGAUGAGGAAGCAUUCGAUCUUAUCUGUCAGUUAUGACCUUUAGUACCUCAGUUUCACGAGUCAUUUUCAAGGUAUUGCAAAGAAGCGAGCAGUCAACAUUCAGGAGUAUGACUUCAUUACAGCUUGGUGAUAUGCGCAAGGCAUACAUUUCAUCGACCCUUCUGGAAGAUGACUUGCCCACGAGAGACCCCAUUGAGUUGUUUGAGAAAUGGUUUAAUACCAUCAAGGACGCUGGACUGAUGUACGAACCAAAUGCCGUUGCAUUGGCAACCACAACUAAGACAGGACUUCCAUCGUGUCGUAUGGUGCUUCUCAAAGGCUGUGGCCCAGAUGGCUUUGUUUUCUUCACAAACUACAAGAGCCGCAAGGGAAAUGAACUGGAGGAGAAUCCUAAUGCAAGCAUGCUCUUCUACUGGGACAAGCAUCACAGGCAGGUCAGAGUAGAAGGUGUGGUUGAAAAGACAUCAGCGACAGUAUCUGACAACUACUUCCAUAGUCGGCCUCGGGAAAGCCAAAUUUCAGCUGUCGUCAGUGAACAGAGUCGUGUAGUGGAAUCUCGAAAGCACCUGGAAGAGAAGCACCAAAUGCUACAAGAGAAGUACAAAGGCGCAGACACAGUCAUUCCACGGCCAAGUGAAUGGGGUGGUUUCACCUUGAAACCAAAGAGGAUGGAAUUCUGGCAGGGCCACUCAUCCAGGCUGCAUGACCGAAUAGUCUUCACCAAGUUGGAAGAUGAUGCAGCAUUGCCUCACAUGGCAAGACACGCUUCCAAUGGUUGGAUCAUGCAGCGUUACGCACCAUGAUACUAUGUGGUUAGACAUCUAGUGUUGCAACACAAAGAACGAGUGCAACUCUCAACUAAAUGUUUUACUGGAUAUAUUUGGUGUGAACCGUGAAGGUAGCUUGGUCACAUGUAGUAUAUGUUCAUGAAGAGGGCUGUGCAAAUGCAGCCACGAUUUCUCUUACAUAUUUCCUGGUCAAAUUUAUACAUGAAGGCCAUGAAAUUUUGUGGUAUAUGAUAUAGUGCUUUUCCUCAUCAUUUAACCUCAGGUUGAAUGAAGGUUGUUUAGCAAAAUCUGUCACAUUAAACGCAAGCCCAUAAGGUAUUUACGAAUAGUCAUUUAGAGUAGUUAGUCAGUUCAAUAGUGUAUCGAUUCUUUUUUCUUUUUUCGCAUUUCUCAGCACUUAAGUGUGUGUGACAAAGGGCAUCUCAUUUUUAGGCAUCUGGUGGAUGUGUUGUAGUGAGGUGUUAUUGGAUCUUUUUCCAUUGAGAAUGCAAGUUUUGGGAGUCCCUUGCGAUUCGUUACUUUGAUAUGCCAGAACACAGUGGUGUGCCCUUGGCAGAUAUUUUAGCGAACAGUACUCAAUACCAGACCAUACCAAGCUUGUUACAUAUGGAGACAUGGGCUGUUGUAUCUUCACAUAUCUUCACUGUAGAGAAAUUGAGAAAACAUGAAGUUCGCCAAUGCUGCUAUUGUUUAUUUUUGCACAAAGCUACGAGGUAUGCCCUUUGUCUUGCACGUCGCUAAUACAUUCUUGUUCCAGCUUAACUGUACCAUUCAAAAUCUGCCAUGUUGAAUGCUGCUUCCCUGUAUGCGAAUCUAAAGAAAGCUGCCACAUUUAUUAUUUUACCCCAAUCAUGCAAAUCAUGCACUGGAACAGGACUUGUUUGUAGACAUGAAAACAAGUUAUGUAAAUGUAUAUUGCGAUAUUGAUGGAAAUGGUUAGAAAGAAGGUGAAGCUUUGUCUUCCUUUGACAUGUUUCAAAGUAGCCAACGUGUGCUCGAUUAUGAAAUUUGAAACAUUUUAAAAGUCUCACAUGGAACAAAAAAGAGCAUUUAUUUGUUCCUUGUACCCAUUAUUCAUAAUUCUUUGAAGGUGCAUCAUAUUGAUCCCUAGUAUAUGAAGUAUUUUGGUACAUUGGUGUUUUUCAUUGGACUUAUAUUUAAAACUUGUAUUGGAUAUUGAAGGAAUUGCUAAAUAGCAUGCGACUAGAAUGCAUGAUGGUAAAACCCAGAGACGAUGACAACAGCUUGAUAACUGCUGUCUGUCUCUGGGUUUUACUGUUGUGUAUAGUAUAACACAUUUGAAGGGAAGUAAUGUUUAUGAGUCGUUCCCUGCUAAAUAAUCCAGUCAUGACAGUCUUUUAGUUCUUUUCCAAAAUUCUGGUUGCUUUCAUUCCCCUUUACAAGUUCCCAAUGCAUACAGUUUCAUUUUAUAUUGAAAUGCACAGUUCAUCUGAAGAUGGCCAUACUCCGUCAUUAGCCAUAAGAGCAAGAAAAGUAUUUUUUCCUCGCAAAACUCCAGGUGGAAUGUAAAUAAUCAAUGCUGAUACUAGCUCCCUCUCCAAAAUAAAAAUCUUUUAAAUUAUUGGUACUGUUACUUGACUAGUUCAAUAAUACUGAAGCAAAGUCUAAAUUCAAGCGGGUUGGUGAUCCAUUCUAAAAACAAUUAAAAAAAAACA